AUGCUGUGCAGUCUUAGUGGCCAGGUGCCUGUGGAGCCCGUGGUGUCGCUCAAGUCGGGCCACGUGUUCGAGAAGCGUCUACUGCUCAAGUACUUAGAGCAGAACCAGCAGCGCUGCCCCAUUACGGGCGAUGAAUUGGACGCUGAGCAGGAUCUACUAGCGCUGCAGGCGGCCCCAUCGGCCAAAUCUUCGGCCGCGUCGGCUAAGGUUGCGGCUUUCGCGCCCGAGGCCGCCAGUAUUCCGCAGCUGCUGGCCACGUUCCAGAACGAGUGGGACGCUGUCAUGCUCGAGACUUUCACGCUCAAACAGCAUUUGGAACAGACGCGCCAGGAGCUGAGCCACGCGCUCUACCAGCACGACGCUGCCUGUCGCGUCAUCGCGCGUCUGAACGCAGAUAAUGCCACGCUGAAGGAGCGCAUUACGCAGUUGGCUUCGGGCCAGCAGGACGACGUGGAUAUGCAGGACGGCGCGCAGAACGGCGCCGCGCUCGCCCCCGAAGUGCUGGCCACCGUUGAGUCCAAGCAGAAAGAACUGGCCAAGAAGCGCAAGGAAUUUAAGAAGAAAGACGGCCCACAGCGGGCUGCGCUGCUCAGUGGUCUGGCCGACUGGAAAAUGUCCUCAAGCCAUACGCUUCACGACUCAGACAAGCCUGGCGUCACGUGCGUGGCCAUCGACAGUAAGCGGCCGACGCUUGUGGCCACGGGCGGUGUGGACAAGCACGCCAAGAUCUUCGACACGGAAAAGCAGCAGCUUGUAGCCACACUGACAGGCCACACCAAGAAGCUCAGCCAUGUGGAGUUCCACCCGACGGCCGACAUGGUACUCACGGCCUCACACGACAAGACAAUGAAGCUUUGGACCGUGCAGGAAGAAGGAUAUGGCGUCGGCUACACACUCGACGGCUUUGACGACGCCGUGGCCAGUUCCUCCAUCCACCCGACAGGAAACUACGUCCUGUCUGGCUCACUCGAUGCGACGUGGGCUAUCCAUGAUGUGCGUCGGGGCCACCUGCUCUCGCGCUACACGCUCAAUGGCGAGUUGGCCAUGCCCGAUGCCUCGACCGGCAAGCCUAAGAAGGCGGCGAAUGAGGCGCGUUGCGCUCGUUUCCAUCCGGAUGGCGGCAUCUUCGGUACGGCGGCUAAGAGCAAAUUGGUGCAGAUGUGGGCUGUAAACUCUCUCUCCAACGUCGUGACUUUUGAGGGCCACAUUGCACCAGUGACGGCGCUGGGCUUCUCGGAGAAUGGCUACCAUCUAGCGUCCGGAAGCGAGGAUGGCGUGGUGAAGCUGUGGGAUCUGCGCAAGGCCACAAGCUUUUUCGAGCUGAAUCUGAAAAAGGAGCAGCCCAAGCUUAAGCUGGGGGCCAUCCACUCGAUCAACUUCGACGCCAGUGGCUCUCACCUCGCUGUUGCUAGCGCGCAGAGUAUUCAGGUGCUGAAGGAGGUGAGCAAGAACAACUGGGAAGUGGUCAAGACGCUGAGCGACCACAAGGCUGCCGUCACGAGCGUCCAGUUCUCGCCCGACUCGAGUUUCCUGGCUUCCACCUCCAUGGACCGCGCGCUCAAGAUCUACAGAUAA